AUGGAGGAACUUCGGAGGGAGGUAAGGGCAGGAAAGAAGAAUGACAAGGAUGCUAGCCACUCAGGAAAGAGCACUCAUAAACCUGGGAAGGAAAACCAGAAUGCACGAAGUUCAACAAGAGCUAGGGACGCUGAAGGAAUCGACGAACGCGAAACUGCCAUACGGAAGGGAAGCAAACUGCGGCGUUGGAAUGAGAAAAUUAAAAGAAGGUUAAAUCGAGAAGCGAAACAAGAUCCUAUGUGGGAUGACCUUCGGGAAGAACUGUUAAGGGAUUGGCAAAAGCUCUCGCGUUCACAGAUCAUUUCAGAGAAUGAAAAGGAGACUUCCGAAUGGGAACCAAACGAUGUACUGGAAAAUCCAGAAAUAAUCGAGGAAAUCAGAGAGAUCAUUGAGAAGAAGAAGGGAAACAAAUUGCGGCGUUGGAAUGAGAAAAUUAAAAGAAGGUUAAAUCGAGAAGCGCAACACGAUCCUAUGUGGGAUGACCUUCGGGAAGAACUGUUAAGGGAUUGGCAGAAACUUUCAAGUUCACAGGUCAUUUCAGAGGAUGAAAUAAAUGACAUACUUCAGGAUAUGGAAGAAAUGUUUAUUAAUAGUGAACUUGAGGUGGAAAAGGAGGAAAUAGAAGGAGGGAGUCAGGAGGAAACAGAGGAGACUCCCGAAUGGGAACCAGACGAUGUACUGGAAAAUAUAGAGAUUAUCGAGGAAAUCAGAGAGAUCAUUGAGGAAGAGAAGGCUGAAAGGCGCUCUAAAAGAAGGUGGGAAAAGAACGCUUGGAAAGCCGUCAUCCGGGAACAUAUGCAGAGAAAGGCCAACGAUAGGAUCUAUAAAAAGCUGAUUAAGAGGCAAUUACGCUCUACACAACGGAAAGAAAAGGAGAGGAGAAAGGCUCUAAGGGGUGCUGAAAAAAGGUGGAUUAGCGCACUCAAGAGAAAUUUCACGAAGCGACUAGAGGAAAGGAAACAGAAAAGAAGAGACGACAGAUUGAGGAAACUGAAAGACUUGAUCGAUUUAGUCAAGCAAGAACGUAAGAUAAUGAAGUACAAACGCAGGGCUGAACAAGAAUGGCUAGAGAGAGAAGCCAGGUCUUUGGCACUGUAUGACUAUCAAGCGAGGAUGGAAGAACGAGAAAGGAAAAAGGAAGCAAAAAGAGCUUUCAAGCAAGAAUUGAAGGAAAGGAAGGCCAAAUUGAAGGCUGAAGAGGAUAGGCUCAGAAAAACACGAACCAAGUUAGAGGAAGAACACAAGAAGAGGAAAAAUAAAGAAAAGCUUGGAAAAAAGAGGCUAAUGAGCGCCUUAAAAGAUCUCAAGAGACGGAAAAGAGACCUGGGGAGAAAACGAAAACCCAAAGGGUCUGAAGUAGAAUUGCAAAUGCAUGAUUACAUUUGGUUCUUUUUGAGGAAUCCUGCAAUGAUCUCUUUGUAUUUGAGAAAUGGUCUGCUAGAGCGUAGGAAAAAGAGGAAAAGAGAUUCGAAGGCCACAGAUUCUCAAAAGGAGAUUUGGGUAUGGAAGAAGAAUUCAAGAGGAAAAUUUGAAUUCAUAGAAAAAAAGAGAAUAGACAGGACUGAAGGCAGGAGGACUGAAAGCAGUUUGGGGCUGAUGUGA